UUUUCCCGCGCAGAUUUUCAACUGGUGACUUUACUGCAAGCUUAGCUAAUUUAGACGAAGCUAAAGUGGCUUUCAUUACUAUAUUUACAUAUAUUUCAAAACGUUUGAAACAAAAGUUUUGAAGCAAAAUAAGGAUUUUUACUUUGAUAGCCUAUUCUAUUUGAAAAUAGGUCAGUAAAUUGAUUUCACACCUGGCACUAGAUUGUUAACAGUGGUUAGCUGUUAGCUAGCUAACGUUAGCAAGCAUAUACAGUAGGCUAAAGUUGUCAUUUGAACCAGUUCUUUGGCACAUUUAUUUUCUUUAUUGACAACCAGCAAGAAAUGGCAAUGCACAAGGGACAUGCUCAGAAAGGCAAAGCAAAAGGCACUAUAACCAACUCAGGCAAACCCUAUAUGGAGGACUUCAAUGAGAGUUUCAACAAUGAAAACCUGCCAGUAGUUGAGGCAGAGGCAUUGAGAGGAAGGAAACAUCUGUCAGAGCCAGAUGAUGAUGAUAUUGACAUCACCAAAGGAGGGGAUAUGAUGACCAUGUUGGAUAGAUUUGGAGCGGACAUCAACAAAGCCUUCCUGGCAAAACGCAAACGUUUGGAAACGUUCACCAAGUCCUCUGUGAGGACUAGCCAUCAGAAGAUUGAGCAGUUAUGGAGGGUCCAACAAAGAGACAGGAGUAAAGUGACAGAAGAUUACUGCACCCAGUUCAAUACAGUCUUCAGUCAGUGGGACACAGAUGUGCAYAAGUCCAAGGAUAACGAGGAGAAACUACUGAGUAUGUUCCAGCACCAGCAGAAGAUGUUUCAGCACAAGAGGGCCUCCCAGAGCCAGAGACUGAAGACUCUCAAGCAGCUGCUGGAGCAGUACAUC